AUGAUGUUAUUGCUUGCUUCGAUCGAUGGACGACCUAAAAAAGAAGAUUAUCAAGAGGUUGGAGAAGAAGUAAUUGAGUUGAUUGUGCCUGUGCCUAAGAAAUUAGCAGUUAAAAAGCACGUACAUGGAUUCUCUGAACAGACAUUUUUUUUCGAUGGAUAUAGUCUAUUAGCUCCUUUUUUGCCCCAAGAAUAUUUAGACGCGACUUUAAAUAGAAGUACACCUUCUUCUCCGCCAGAGCAAUUAGUGAAGUUAGAUAAUUUAUGU